GUUUUUGAUAAUUCAUAGCUUAAGGAGAGAUCGUAAGAUGGCCUUCUUCCAUCCCAUAGUUAUGUUAUUGGUGAUGCUUGGAUUGACCACUGCUAAGAAAGAGUCUCCCUGCAAUACUGGUUUUUCCAUUCCCUGGAACGGUGGUUACCAGUGUAUUUGUCCUCCCAACAAACAAGGCAAAAACUGUAGUGAAGAUGUUCCCGAUGCUGGUAAUUGUACCUGGCCUGGGAAUGAAAACGCAUGUUCCUCAGCACCCUGCCAUGGGGAGGACGCUAUGUGCAUCAACACUUUUGGCGGGAAUUAUAAAUGCUUAUGCCCACCCGGGACAAACGGCGACCGUUGUGGUGAAGGAACGUACUGCUUUCCAUGUGCAAGUAAAAGAUGGAGGAACGUCACAUGUCCUGUGUUCAACGACAAGCCAUUCUUGACAUCGAUGUCUGUGCAAGAAGUAACACUCAAUACCCAGAUAUCAAGGACACGAUGUACGAUGAACGACAAGUGGAGAUUCGAUUAUAGUACAGGGACCAUGUGGGUAGCCAAAGGUUGUAGGGGCGAGUUUUGUGUGCAUUUCAAAGAAGCUGAACCAAGUACAAUAACUGCAUCAGACACAACAACUGGACCAGGUACAACAACUGGACCAAGUACAACAACUGGACAAGGUACAACAACUGGACCAAGUACAACAACUGGACCAGGUACAACAACUGGACCAGGUACAACAACUGGACAAGGUACAACAACUGGACCAAGUACAACAACUGGGCAAGGUACAACAACUGGACCAGGUACAACAACAGGACAAGGUACAACAACUGGACCAAGUACAGCAACUGGACAAGGUACAACAACUGGACAAGGUACAACAGCUGGACCAAGUACAACAACUGGACAAGGUACAACAACUGGACAAGGUACAACAACUGGACAAGGAACAACAACUGGACCAAGUACAACAGCUGGACAAGGUACAACAAGUGGACCAAGUACAACAACUGGACACGGUACAACAAGUGGACCAAGUACAACAACUGGACAAGGUACAACAACUGGACCAACUACUACAACAACUGCUGGCAGUGUCCCAUGUGAAAGUCUCAAAUUGUCUGGGUUGUCACGGUCCUCCAAUCAACUAUAUCGAACUGGGAUCUUCAAGCUGCAAUCGAAUUUUUGGAACGAACGACCAGUUUACAAACACCUAUGGGAUCUAGAGUUUUUGUUCUAUGAAGAUGGAGCCUGGCUUAUAGGAUCAACGAUAGGAGAAACUCAAUCAGGAAUUCGUGUAAUCAGUUCAGCUCUGGAACCACAAGACGUGAUGGAAGUUUGGGAUUCUUGGGAUGGUAGCGCUUGGGUAGCUGAGCCAAGUCUGAUUGCAUCGUGUUCAGCUAUAUGUGACACGAUUUGGUUGAGUGGUGUUUCAUGGAAUGGACCACACGCCUACCUAUUAGGAGCUUAUAGUAUUUCAAAUAAUGAUUCAAAUGGAGCACCGAUCUACAAGAAACAAGAUGGCGCAAACAGUAGUGAAAUAACAAUUAGAAUGUCUGAUGGCAACAAAUGGAGCAUUAAAACAGAGAAUGAGACAUUAACCACAGAGUUUACAACAGCCAUCACAAACCCAGUUGAAAUAAAUAACACAUGGACUGUGUCAUCUGGUACAAUAGUCCUGGAUUGCUACUUUGGUCAAGAAGGAAUUUGUAGUGAGGUUCUGUUAGAUGGUAGUUCUAUUCAAAGGAAAAGACAGGGUAUCUUUUCACUUUAUGGUCCUCUUCUCAAUGGAAGGCCUGUCUAUAUUCACGAACGUGGAGACACCUUCCUUGAUUACAUAAUCAUGGACAAGCAAAGAAGGUUCUGGCUCGUUUCUGACAAUAUUAACUCCAGUUCUGGAGGGAUUCGUGUUUAUGACUCAGCGUUGUCGGCAGAUGGCAUAACUCGGACAUGGGAAACAUAUGACUCACAAGAUGGCUGGGUGAAAGAAACUAAAAUGGGAGCAGCAUGUAUUACAAAUAACACCGUCCCUAGCGAAACGUUAUACAUGGGGGGUGUGGUCACAUCGUCAACUCCACAAACUCAAAGGUUAGGAUUUUACACGAAACACAGAGACUAUCACAAUUCGAGACCAGUAUAUAUUCACGAAUCAGGCAAAUAUGCUCUGUACUACCUACUAUCUAGAGGAUAUUGGGGUAUUGUCAAGGCAACUGGUACGGCCAGUCUCUAUAUGGCGAUAUAUUCAGCAUCCCUUCUUCCUCAAGAGAUAACUGUGCCACUAUAUGGAUGGGUUUCUGGUUGGACAUUGAUGGAUAACAUCACCAUGUCUAGCUAUACAAACACAGGUGACGAGUCUUGUCGUAAGCUCAAUCUAUCUGGCAUGAAGCGUGAUUCGUUAAAUGGUCUUUAUGAGAAUAAUGACCAAGACGUUGGGAAGAGACCGAGCUACAAACACUCUGAUGGGCCUUACAACCUGUACUUUAGACAAUCGCAUGCGCAAUGGGUUAUCGGACAAGACCCUAUUCAAUCUUCCUUUUACGCUUAUACAUUUAACCCAGCUGUGGACCCAACCGAUAUUAGUACGAAUAUUUGGAGGCGAUGGGAUGGUAGUGAUUGGAUAGACCAGCCUGAUGUAGUGUGGAGCUGUCAGGAUGAUGUUACGGUGAGCUAGAAUAACAGCAGUUCCGAUUACUAUUACAACACCAACAAAUCAGACAUUUCGGACAAUUAAAAAUCAGUACUGUUAUUGCAACAAUACAUAUAUAUGAAUAGUGACUAAUCCAUUGAUUGACGCAAUGUGACAAUUUAACUCCAUUAUAUGUGUAACCUUUUACAUUUAUACAGGG